AUGGCCGACCAAACUACUUGUUUCCUCAUCCUCCAUUUUCUAUCAAUACUGCUUCUCAUGUCUUGUUUAACUACUGAUGCAAAAAUUCUAAACAUCACCACUGAUCAAUCUGCUCUUCUUGCCUUGAAAGCUCAUAUUUCUUAUGACCCUCACCAUAUUUUGACAACAAAUUGGUCCUCCAGUACUUCAGUUUGCAAUUGGGUCGGUGUCACCUGUGGUUCCAGACAUCAUCGGGUUAUAGCCUUGAACCUUUCUAACAAUGGUCUUGUAGGAACCAUUCCUCCGCAUAUAGGAAACCUUUCAUUUCUUGUCAACCUAACCAUCAGGAACAAUAGUUUUCAUGGCUCAAUGCCUAACGAAUUGUCUCAUCUUUAUCGCUUGGAACUCUUGAAUUUCGGAUACAAUGAAUUCGGUGGAGAAAUCCCGUCAUGGAUAGGAUUGCUAACCAAACUUCAAAAUUUAACUCUUGUAAGAAACAAUUUCAAAGGAAAACUAUCACCCGAAAUAGGGAACUUAACAAAGCUCACACUUUUAUAUCUUGGCUCCAACAACUUUGAAGGUGCAAUACCAAGUGAAAUUGGUAAUUUGCAGAACCUGGAGAUUCUCAGUUUGGGAUGUAACAAUUUUUUUGGCACAAUUCCACUAGAUAUAUUCAAUAUCUCAACAUUACAAAGCUUUUCCGUAGUAGGAAAUCACCUCUCAGGCACUCUUCCAUCAGAUAUGGGCCACUUCCUUCCAAAUCUCGAAGAGAUUUUUCUUGGGAUGAAUGAACUUAGUGGAACGAUUCCAGCCUCUAUUUCCAAUGCUUCACAGCUCAUUAAAGUCGACUUGUCAAAUAACUCAUUCUCGGGCUUGAUUCCAAAAACACUUGGUAAUUUAAGGCUCCUCCAGCUGCUCAACCUCGAACUCAAUAAUUUGACCAUUGAAUCUUUAGAAUUGAGUAUCUUCUCAUAUUUUUCGAACAACGCAUAUCUCAACCAGUUGCUUUUGUCUAUGAAUCCACUAAAUGGAGUCAUUCCUAAUUCCAUUGGAAACCUCUCGUCCUUUCUUAAGACAAUUGAUCUCACUGGUUGCAAUAUUAAGGGCAACAUUCCCAUUGAUAUCGGCAAUUUAAGUAGAUUGACAUAUAUGUCCCUGGGCGGCAAUGAUUUGGCUGGACCUAUUCCAACUACAAUAGGAAGAUUAAGCAUGCUCGAACGUUUGAAGCUUUUUGGUAAUAGACUAAAAGGUCCAAUCCCUUCCGAUGUCUGUUACUUAGGGAGAUUGGGAGAGUUAUUUUUAGAUGGCAACAAGCUUUCCGGACAGAUUCCCGAAAGCAUAAAUAAUCUGACUUCAUUAAAAUAUCUCAACUUAGCCUUCAACCAAUUAACUUCAAGGAUUCCUUCGAGCUUGUGGAUGCUGACAUAUCUCUUGGAGGUCGACUUGUCAUCCAAUUCCCUAAGUGGGUCUCUUUCAUUAGAUAUUGGAAAUAUGAAGGUCCUGACAAAGUUGAAUUUAUCAAGAAAUCAACUAUCCGGUCAUAUCCCAGAAACAAUUGGUGGGCUCAUAUCUCUACUCAAUCUCUCUUUGGCAGUCAAUCAAUUAGAGGGCUCCAUUCCUAUAUCUUUUGGUGGAUUAGUAAGCUUGGUGGUAUUAGAUCUUGCUGGUAACAACUUAUCUGGAGAGAUACCCAAGUCCUUAGAAGUGCUACGGUAUCUCAAAUAUCUAAAUGUCUCCUACAAUAAACUACGAGGAGAAAUUCCAACACAAGGACCAUUUGUUAACUUCUCAGCUGAAUCAUUCAUGUCAAAUGAUGCGCUUUGUGGUGUGGUUAGACUGAAUGUUCCUACAUGCAAAGACGCUUCUCUUGGACCAAAAAAGGCAAUGGGAGUGCGUAUACUAAAAUAUGUACUGCCCACAUUGGGGUUAACGAUAUUUGUAGUAUCCGUUGUACUAGUCUCAAGAAAACUCCAUGGGAAGAAGAAUUCAAAACUUUCCAACAACAAAGACUCAAUGCCUUUAUCAACAUGGAGAAGAAUUUCCCACCAACAACUUUUACAAGCAACAGAAGGGUUCAGUGCAAACAACUUACUUGGAGAAGGGAGUUUCGGCUCAGUUUAUAAAGGGACACUCUUAGAUGGUACAUAUGUUGCAAUAAAAGUUCUAAACUUGGAACUAGAAGGUGCAUUCAAAAGUUUUGACAUAGAAUGCGAGAUAUUACGACACAUUCGUCAUCGAAAUCUUGUCAAAGUCAUUAGCGUUUGUAGUAACAUUGACUUCAAAGCACUUGUUUUGGAAUACAUGCCCAAAGGGAACCUAGAGAUGUGGUUGUAUUCUAACACCCAUAGCUUGAAUAUGCUACAGAGGCUUAAUAUAAUGAUUGAUGUGGCGGCGGCACUUGAAUACCUUCAUCUUGGUUAUUCAACACCUAUUGUUCAUUGUGAUUUGAAGCCGAGCAAUAUCUUAUUAGAUGAAGAUAUGGUUGGACAUGUUGCAGAUUUUGGCAUCGCCAAACUCGUAAGUGAUGGAAUUUCUCUCACGCAAACAAUGACCAUGGCUACAAUUGGGUAUAUGGCACCAGAGUAUGGAUCUGAAGGAAUUGUUUCAACAAGAGGUGAUGUGUAUAGUUAUGGAAUCUUAUUGAUGGAAACUUUCACAAGAAAUAAGCCCAUUGAUGAUAUGUUUAUCGGCGAAAUGAGCUUAAAGCGUUUAGUAGAGGAAUCAUUUUCGCUUUCGAUACUUGAAGUUAUUGAUUCCAAUUUGCGGAGUAAUGAAAAUGACUAUGCUGCUAUGGAGACCUGCUUAUUUGCAACUAUGGGCUUGGCUUUGCAUUGUUGUGCAGAUUUGCCUGAACAGAGGAUAGAUAUAAAAAAUGUUUUAGCCAGACUUAACAAGAUCAAAUUAAAACAUGCUUCCAAUAUUGCAGGAGAGAAGCAAGGGGUUGAUGUCAGGAAUGUCGGUAAUCCUGGUUUCGACAGCUUGGGCAAGUCUCCUUACUAA